AUGAACAGAUCUCCAGGUGAAUUCCAGCGGUUCGCCAAGGCGUUCCAGCAACAGCUAUCAAGAGCGCAACAGGCGGGCAGAACCGGCGGUAAUAAUACCGGCGGACAGGUGCCAAGAGGUGCAUUUGCAGGCCUGGGCGGUUUGGUUCUACUCGGUGGUAGUGCAAUGCUACUAAACGCGUCUCUUUUCAACGUUGACGGUGGUCACAGGGCUAUCAUGUACUCGAGAUUGAGCGGGGUUCAGUCACGGAUUUUCGCUGAAGGCACACAUUUCGCUAUUCCAUGGCUGGAAACACCCAUCAUCUACGAUGUGCGGGCCAGACCCAGAAACGUAGCGUCACUCACUGGUACGAAGGACUUGCAAAUGGUGAAUAUCACUUGCAGAGUUCUUUCGAGACCGGACGUUUCGCAAUUGCCAACCGUCUUCCGCACGUUGGGCCAAGACUACGACGAAAGAGUGCUUCCCAGUAUUGUGAAUGAGGUGUUGAAAGCUGUUGUAGCGCAAUUCAACGCUUCACAAUUGAUCACUCAGAGAGAAAAAGUUUCCAGGCUAAUUCGCGAAAAUUUGGUGCGCCGUGCAUCCAGAUUCAACGUGCUAUUAGACGAUGUUUCGAUCACAUAUAUGACUUUCUCUCCAGAAUUCACAAAUGCUGUUGAAGCGAAGCAAAUUGCUCAGCAAGAUGCUCAAAGAGCUGCUUUCGUGGUUGACAAGGCUAGACAAGAGAAACAAGGUAUGGUAGUCAAGGCUCAAGGUGAAGCCAAAUCUGCAGAACUGAUUGGUGAGGCCAUUAAGAAAUCCAAGGACUACGUGGAAUUGAAGAGACUUGACACAGCCCGUGAAAUCGCCACGAUCUUGAGCGAAUCGCCAAACAGAGUCAUUCUCGACAACGAGUCCCUACUACUUAACACGACGGCCGAUAGCAGAGCCAAGAAGUAG